AUGUCCUCCAAUCUGCCCAAUCUACCCUCAGACGUCCUGUCCCACAUCUUCUCACUCAUCUCACCUCCCUUCCUCCCUUUCCCAGUACCUCGAACCUCUCGGCAAAAGUCCCAAUCUCCCCCGGACCCACCACUGCAUCCCCAUCCUCCUCUUGACCCUCUGCCACCGCCUGACCAAACUCCUCUCAAUCAACUCGCAGUGGUAUGUCGCGCUUCUUCCAAAACCCUCGAAAGUGCUCGGCCAUGGUUAUGGGAAAACGUGGAUGUACGCUCUGGUCGAGGUUGGUUAGCUAUAGUCAACGCUUUGACCGAGGAAGUGACGGAUGAUGUUCCCUUACCUUCCAAUCCCAUAGAAGGCAAGUUUCCUGGACUAUCCGGACCUACUUCGACAUACCCAACUCAGGAAGACAUACCCACGCCUGUUUCUCCGGAUAUGGGGCCGGGGCCGGCGGCAGAUGCUCAUGUUCAACCUGAAACAGUUCCAGGAGGUUAUCAACUUUACAGGGCUUUUCCUCCUAGUCAAACGUAUCCCCCUGCAGGAAUUGGAUCUUCGACGGUACCAGGAGUGAGAUUGCAAGAUUGGGAGAUGUAUUCUUCUCCGCCACCUCGCGCAUCCCUGUUGCUUACUCCACCUCGAUCUAGGAAUCCUUCCCCGAAUGUGAUCAGCGAUUCUCAAGUUCUUACGCCUCAGUCACCUUCUACUUCCACCUUCGUCUCUUCUACAAAUGCGACGGCUAUUCCAGCUUUGCGCAACACUAGAUUGAGGGGAAGGUCUAGAUCCCCAAGACGAAAUUUAGGAGUCGGAAGUCCAAGCAUCGACUCGAUCCUUGGUUCAGACCGAUCUCGCUCCACUGGUCACUCAUCCCCCAGCAUUCAUCGACCGUGCACGGGAAGUCUUGACGAGGAUGAAGAAGAGGCAAAAGAUGAGAUUAUGCCUUUACCAUCUACCCCGAAGAUAGGAUCAAAGCUCAGAGCACUGCCGAGAAAUCAAAGUAGAAGAGAGGAAGAAAGCGAGUUGCUUCCUUCUCCUGGACCUUACAUUCGUCAUUUGACUUUUAUCAACUUCCGUACAAUUGGGAGCAGACGAUCACAAGAAGAAGCGGUGAGAGGGAGAUAUGUCACUGCCGGGCGACUGGAGGGUGUCAUCAAGAAUGCUCCAAACCUUGUGUCCCUAUGUAUGACUGAAUAUGUAGAUUCUUCCCUCACUUAUCCAGUCGUCGAAGAACUCUUCUUUCGUGGUUAUCAUUCACCAUCUUCUCAUAGACGUCGCAGUGUUUCGCAAAACAGAUCACUCUCUCGUGUCCGUUCACAUUCGAUUGGUCCUCCACCUUCAAGUACAAGUGAUCAGGUAGAUCCACCUCGACCUGUAUAUGUGCCAUACGAAGAAGAAAAUGAUGUCGAGAAAUGGUGUCGACGAGCGUUAUUCACCCCUCUUCAAGCACUCGAUUUGACCGGUUGUGUUAGCAGGGCGUUCACAGACGCAAUGGGCGAGUUCUACGAUACUUGGCUGGAUGAUCUCGAUGAAGACGAACCGGAACAACAUUCUCGUGACAGGGGUCGAGCUCGGUACAGAAGUGGAUUGGAGAAUAUGAGCGAGACUGAGACGGAAGAUGAAGAACUCUCAAUGUCCAUCAAUCAAUUAUCAACUCAACGUCGAGCUCCUCGUUUCACAUCCUUACAACGACUUUCUCUCCGAGCUUGUACAUCUCUUGACCCUCUAUUGCUCCAUUCACUAGUACUCUGUUUCCCCAAUCUUACCCAUCUUGACCUCUCUAACACUCGUGUUCCCUCUGCUUUACUUUCAAGUCUCACCGACUCGCCUCCCAAGGGAAUGAAAUUGAUAUCGUUAUCCUUGGCGAGAUGUCCACGACUUGACCCAUAUCUCAUCGUCCAAAUGAUCGUACGUUCGCCCGCUAUGACAGAUCUGGUCGAUUUGAAUCUCUUCGUCAACCCUACACAAGGUAAUGCUAUCAGUUCUGAAGAUCUCACGAUACUUCUCUCGCAAAGCCCUUGUUUCACUUCCGGUAAACUACGUUACCUCGAUCUCUCCUCUUCCUGUUUCACACCUCAUCACUUGACCCCUGAAAUAUUCCCACCGCAACCGUCCUUGGUCAGUCUAGGUCUAUCUCACAUUCCAACUUUACCUCUGAAACCUAUCGCUCAAUUCUUAUUGCAACAAGCGAGAAACGUAGAAAUACUUUCGUUGACUGGUACCGCGAAUGAAACUUCUUUAGGACCGAUGGCUACACCAUUAAUGAUCACUUUAGAACUUCAUAUGCGACUCAUCAAUCCUUGCACGCAAGUUCCUUUUACCCUUGGGUCGCUCACGGAACCGCUGGACAAGCUGAAGAAGAGAGAAGAGGGAUUGACGAGAUUGAGAGUAAUAGAAUUGAAUCGGAGGGUGGGAAUGGGGGUCGAAGAGAUAGGUAAUACAGAAUGGAAGAUUAUUUGGAGUAAAGGUGGUAGAGGAUGGUAUGUUGACACUUCGGCAGGAUGGGUAGAUUCACUUCGCGAUCAAUUUUCUGCUUCUUUAUCAAAAAUCAACCAGGAUUAUCAAAUGGAUGGCAGAAACACCGAUGUAUCUUCGAAGGAAAAAGGUGGUGGCAUUCAAGAAAGAUGGAGGUGA